GGUGCGGGGCGCCGGUAGACUUUCCGUCGAGCGGUGCCGGCGCGGCGCGCGGCUGAGGUUAGUCCGUCGUGAUCUCCCGCAGUCUCCGGCAGCGCACCGCGCCACUGCACCGCACCGAGUCCCGACCCGGACAAACAGACCGAUUACUGUAACGGUAUCGAGCAGCGGGACCGCGGCACCGGCCACCGAGACGACCCAGAGCGCCACCCGAGGGCACAGGACGCACACACAGCGGGGAGGGACCCAGUCAGGAAACAUACGACACAGGUGAUCACUAUGAGGGUGGUACUGGCAUCGCUGGCGACGCUGCUGCUGGUGGCGGGGACGGCCACCGCCCGCACCGAGAGGCAGUUCCUCAAAAAGUGCCCACGGGGCUUCGACCUCAUGUACGACCGCCAGGCGCGCAAGCUGACCUGCGAGUGCAAACGCAACCACCUCUACUGGAAGGAGACCGGCUUGUGCUACCGCGAGUUCACGCAGGGGCCAUGCAAGCAGGGCAACAGGAUCGUCCUGAACGCCACUAGCAAUGAAGUCAUCUGCCAGUGUCCCACCUUCUGGUCGCAGUACGAGGACGGUACGUGCCACGAGGACUUCACACGCGGCCCGUGUCCCGAUGGAGAGCUGAUCGUGUACGAUCCGGCCACCGACCGCGGCGUAUGCCGGUGUGACGCCUCCAUGCGCAUGCAUUACUUCCCUAAGACCGGUAGGUGCUACCCCAAGUACAGCCAGGGUCCGUGCAAUGACGGCCACAUCGUCAAGUUCGACUACCGCAGCCUGGAGCCGCGAUGCGAGUGCCGCGACGGCUACACCAAGUGGGCGGACGGCCAGUGUUACCAGCUGAACACCGCCGGACCGUGCGACCUGUCCGACUGUCCCGGCGCGCCCUGCCUGAUCCAGAACCUGGAGACGCUGCGCACCGAGUGCACGUGCCUGCCCUCGGGCGCGCGCACCGCCGACGGCCACUGCUACCAGCCCUACUCGCAGGGUCCGUGUGACGCCGGGCAGUGGCUCGUGCUCGACAACGACGGCACCUCCUCCUGCGAGGCCAAGAAGCAGUGCACGCGCUUCGACAACUGGUUCUUCUGGGAGGGCACUGAGCGCUGCUACCGCCAGUACACGCAGGGUCCCUGUGAGCUGGGCCAGCUGUUUUACAUGGACCCGACCACGGGCCAGCCGAGCUGCCGCUGCGAUCCCACCUGGAACGCCUACUACUGGGCAGAGGACGGCCGCUGCUACGAACAGCACUCGGUUGGACCGUGCCCGCAGGGCAUGUUCUUCGGCUACAACUUCACCCAGGAGCGCGCCGAGUGCAGCUGCUUCAAGAGCCACGUGCUGAACCCGGAGGACGGCACGUGUCUGGAGCGCCACACGCGUGGCCCGUGCGACCAGGGCGAGCUCGUGCACGAGAACGAAAACGGCCACCUCACAUGCAAGUGCUCCAAGGAUCUCAGCUCACACUACUGGGAGAAGGACGGCAAGUGUUACGAGCACUUCAAACAGGGUCCGUGCAAGGACGGUGAGACCUUCCGCAUCGACCACCGCACCGGCCGGCCCAACUGCAUAGUCUGGCAGGGCUAGAGGCGGCGCGCAGUCGCGGGGUAACUUCGAUCUGAGCACAGCAUUUGACAGUGGCGCGCGCGGGCCGGCUGCACGCGCGGCGGCUCGGCGGCGCGGUGCGGCCUGCAUUGUGGGACGGACCGGGGUCAGAGGCGUGGUCUUGUUCAGCUGCUCGCGGGGAGCAGUGGCCCGAGACGGCUCCGCCGCGACAGGUGUCCCCAAGGCUGGCCGCUGACAGCGCACAUUAUCAUUUGGCCAGAACCCGCCGCACACGGACGCUGCAGGCGCGCGGUGGUGAGCUGGCAGGCGUGCGUACGAGUGGAUGUGUGGUAUGGUGUUCCAGGGUGAGCGCUUAUAUAGAGACCGGGGCUUGAUUGUAAAUAAGACAGCGUGAUAAGGUGAUAGCAGAGUGCUGAGAGCCCAUGUGUUAUUGAACGUCAUCGUAUGAUCUUAAGUUAUGUUAGUGUUAUGGUGGACAGGCAGUAUUGAAUCCGUUUGACUGGAUCCCCGAUCUGUUUUAACACGAAUCUGAUGUUGUGAGAGGAACAUUCUCAUAGCCUGUUCAUGUAAUCAGAGCAGAUCAGUGUAAAAUUCAGCGUUGAUUGUAUAUCACUGUGUUUUUCUCAGUGACUUUGCUUGUAAAUCGCUCGUGAAUAAAGAUUUACAUUUCA